GCCGUCUGGAGACUCCAGGGGAAGGCUGGUCUGUCCUGCCACACAGAGGCCUAGAGGAGGCAGAGCCCAGAGAGAGGGCCUGUGACAUGGGUCUCACCUGGCCCCGAGCUGGGCAAGAAUACAACACUCUGGGACGCUGAGGACCCACUGGUGCUGGCCCCUGCUUGCCCAGAGCGGACCAGGGAGAUGGCGCUGACCCGGGGGCUGCUCCCCACGGCCCUGCUGGCUCUGUGCUGGGUGCCCAGCCUGGCGGGAGCAGAAACCAUCCCGCUGCAGACCCUGCGCUGCUAUAACGACUACACCAGCCACAUCACCUGCAGGUGGGCCGACACCCAGGACGCACAGCGGCUCAUCAACGUGACCCUCCAUCACCGGGUGGACGAUGAGCCCCUGGAGCCAGUGUCCUGCGAACUCAGUGAGGACAUGCCCUGGGCGGACUGCCCGUCUCCCCACUGCGUGCCCCGCAGAUGUGUCAUUCCCAACAAGACCUUCGUCCUCGCCGACAAAGACUACUUCUCAUUCCAACCAGACCGGCCCCUGGGCGUCCAGCUCACCGUCUCUCUGGCCCAGCAUGUGCAGCCCCCCGCGCCCCAGGACGUCCAGAUCCACGCGGCCGGGGACCACGUCCUGCUGACCUGGAGUGUGGCCCUUGGGGGUCGUCAGCCCCACUGGCUGUCACAGCGGGACCUGGAGUUUGAGGUGGUCUACAGGCGGCUUCAGGACCCCCGGGAGGACGCCCCCACCCUCCGCUGCAAUGCGUCCCAGGCCGUGCUGGGACCCGAGCACCUCAUGCCCAGCAGCACCUACGUGGCCCAAGUGCGAACUCACCUGGCCCCCGGCUCCGGCUUCUCAGGACGGCCCAGCGAGUGGAGCCCAGAGGUGCGCUGGGACUCACAGCCAGGGGACCAGGCCAAGCCCCAGAACCUGCAGUGCUUCUUCAACGGGGCUGCCGAGCUCAGCUGCUCCUGGGAGGUGAGGACGGAGGUGGCCAGCUCGGUCUCCUUUGGCCUCUUCUACAAGUCCAGCCCGGAUGCAGGGGAGGAAGAGUGCUCCCUGGUGCUGAAGGAGGAGCUCAGCAGCCUCUACACCCGGCACCGAUGCCAGAUCCCCGUGCCCAACCCCGGGACCCACGGCCAGUACACCAUCUCUGUUCGGCCAAGGAAGGAAGAGAAACUCAUUAAGAACUCAGAGAACAUCCAGAUGGCCCGUCCAAGCCUCAACGUGACCAAGAACGGAGACAGCUACAGCCUUCGCUGGGAAACAAGGAGAAUGCAAUACGAUCACAUAGACUACACCUUUGAGGUGCAGUACAGGAAAGACUCGGCCACGUGGGAGGACAGCAAGACCGAGGCCCUCCAGAACGCCCACAGCAUGGCCCUGCCCGCCCUGGAGCCCUCCUCCAGGUACCGGGCCAGGGCGAGGGUGAAGCCCUCCAGGCGUGGCUACAGCGGCAUCUGGAGCGAGUGGAGCGAGGAGUGCUCCUGGGAAACCGACUGGGUGCUGCCCACGUGGGUCCUGGCCCUCAUCCUGGUCUUCAUCACCCUCACCUUGCUCCUGGUCCUCCGCUUCUGUGGCAUCUAUGGGUACAGGUUGAACAGGAAGUGGAAGGAGACUAUCCCCAACCCCAGCAAGAGCUGCCUGUUCCAGAACGGGAGUGGGGGCAUGUGGCCCCCAGACAGGAUGUCGGCCUCCACCAGCAGGAGCCCCCCACACCAGGGGCCGUGGGGCAGCCACUUUCCUGAGCUGGAGAGGGUCAUCCCUGUAGGCUUCCAGGACAUCGAGGUGUCACCUCUCACCACAGAGGACCCUAAAAGUGUCUGUGACCCACCAUCGGGGCCUGAUGCGACUCCAGCCGCCUCCGGGCAGCCCACAGAGCAGCCCCACAGCCCCCCGCCAGCCCCACCAGACCCCUCGGUCCGGCCUGAGAAUCAGCUUUCCAGCUUCGACUUCAACGGCCCCUACCUGGGCCCGCCCCGCAGCCACUCUCUGCCUGAACUCGUGGGCCAGCUGGUGCCCCCGCAGACGGGGGAGAGCCAGAAGCCGCCGCCCCCAGGGUCCCUGGAGUACCUGUGUCUGCCUGCUGGGGGGCAGGUGCAGCUGGUCCCACUGGCCCAGGUGGAGGGGCAGGGCCAGGUCAUGGAUGUGGAGCGGAGGCCCAGCCCGGGGCCCGAGGGGAGCCCCUCCUUGGAGUCCGGGGGAGGCCCUGCCCUUCCUUCACCUGGGCCAAGGGUGGAUGGACAGGGCCCAAUGGAUGGUCAAGUGGCUCUGUCCACGGGCUCUGGGGGCCCUAAGGAUACUGUCGUGGCCUCUGGUUAUAUCCCUGCUGCAGACCUGUUAUUCGCCCCAAGCUCGGGGGCCCUGUCUAUCUCCCUGGCUCCCCCACUGGGCCACUGCUCAGACCAGAGCCCCAGCCUCUGUCCUGGGCCGACAGGGGGGCCUGCACCAGCCCCCAUGAAGCCAGGCUUCGAGGGCUACGUGGAGCUCCCUCCACCCAUAGGCCAGCCCCCCAAGUCCCCACUGGGCAGUCCUGCCCCUCCUGCGGCCAGCAGCCCUGCGCCGAGCCCUGUGCCGAGCCCCGCCUUGUCAUCCCCACAGCCCGAGGGGCUCCUUGUCCUGCAGCAGGUGGGUGACUAUUGCUUCCUCCCUGGCCUGGGCCCCAGUCCUCUCUCGCCCCGAAGUAAGCCCUCUUCCCCAGGACCCUGUCCUGAGGUCACGGACCCAGACCAGGCUUUUCAGGUCAAGAAGCCCCGGGGCCAGGCUGGGGCCCAGGUGCCGGCCAUUCAGCUCUUCAAAGCCCUGAAGCAGCAGGACUACCUGUCGCUGCCCCCUUGGGAUGUCAGCAGGCCUGGGCAGGUGUGCUGAGCCCCUCCAGACCUGGCGAGGCGAGUCCUGCCUUCCCUCCUGCCCCUUCCACGGUCACUUCUGCAGAGCCCAGGGAGGCCUCCCGGCCAGGAAGGGAGUCGGCCCCACUGCUGUCCCCAAAUCACUCCGCUCCCCUCUCUCUCUCUCACACACACACACACACACACACGCACGCACGCACGCACGCACGUGCGCACACGGUUCAGGUUAAUUUAUGUUUAGGCUGUGAAUUAUGAGGCUUUCCAUUAUACUCCUUCCAUCUCCUCCUCGUUUUCUUUUUUAUCAGGUUUCCUUGUUUUUGCUAUUUUUUUCCUUUCUUCACUGAUUUAUCAUUAGAGUGUGGUUGAGGUCCAGGCUGAGGCUACUCAGAGAUCGAGAUGUGUCUGGUUGUGUUUAAGGACUUGUGUGGGCUGCCUGUCCCCGGCAGGCACUGAGGCAUGACAUGAUUCUUGCCCAGGUGCCGAGCCAGGAGGCACCGGGUGGGCGCCAGCGGGGGCAGGACUUGAAAGAGCAGCACGGGACCGGGCACGUCCAGGCUGGGGAUGGGGGAGCAGUGCAGACCAGCCUUGAUUGUCACUCCGAGAAACGGGCGUGGUAGGAGGUGUGCAGGGGAUGAACGUGAGAGGCUGCUUGGGAGCUCCUGGGGAGUCCUGCUGGGUGUCGCAGAGACAGCUGAGACCUCACGUCACGUGGAGAAGUCACUGAUUGGGCAAUGCUGGGUAGGGGCCGAAGUGACGGCCAGGCUAGGACCUGGGGAAUCUCGGGGUGGGGACAGGGCUGGGGAGGGGAGAGGAAUCCAGAACCCACAUCUACUGUAGAAGAGCUGGGAAAAGUUAUCGAACAAACGAUGAUGCCUGAGGGCUUUUAGUCUGAAUGGCUUGCUUCCUUCCCUUCCAGAAAGACUGUACAGCCCCCAGCUCCCACUCCCGGUGGCCACGGUGAGGGACUGCUGGUCUGUGUCUGGGCCUGCAGUGGGGAUAAUGGUUCUUUUAAAUUUUUGCCUUUCUGAUGCACAAAAAAUAGUGGCAUUAAAUUGCUUUGAUUUGCAUUAUUUGAUAAUCGUCAAGUUUGCACAUAUUUUUAUAUGUAUUAAUGUCUUGGGCAUUGGUAAUUUUUAACUAGGCUGAACCUAUUUUUUUUUUUUUUUUUGAGACA